AGAUGAUGCACUUUUUCCUGAAACUCAUCUAGUGAACUGGUGAACAUCUAGGCCAGACUGACAGGACGCCCCGAAGAGAGGAGCACAUCAAUUUAGAGCCAUGCUGUCAAUCCAGCUCUAACCUGGCGUAUCAGCAUCCGCUGACCUCCGUUCAUUGCCAAGGACGUGAAAACCUAAUAAAGUAUGAGACAUGGGACCAAUUUUCCUCUCCAUCUUUGGUAACAGCCAUGAAAACCCACGCCUGCUAGAACAGCACAUCUGCCCUUAAUAACUGGAAAUCCUCUUCUGUCGCCUGAGUCAUGGAUGCUGGAUUUUUGGGAUCCUCUGAAAAAAGGCCACGGAGUGUGUGUCAGAUUUUGGGCGAUGGAGAGCCACAGGUGCGCACAGGCUCAGGCUCAGGUGAGUUCGGGAGUCGGUUCCCCGUCCUCUGGACUCCCUCACCGGGCGGCUCUGAUUCUGGCCCGGGGUGGCAGUAAAGGAAUCCCUCUGAAGAACAUCAAGAAUCUGGCCGGUGUUCCUCUCAUCGGAUGGGUUCUGAGAGCUGCCUUGGACUCAGGAGUCGUUGACAGCGUGUGGGUUUCCACAGAUCAUGAUGAAAUUGAGCGGGUCGCAAAAGUCUGGGGUGCGAAAGUUCAUCGACGCAGUCCUGAAGUUUCCAACGAUUAUUCCAGCUCUCUGGAGACCAUCCAGGAGUUCAUCCGACUGAGACCCGAGGUGGACAUCGUCUGUCAUAUUCAGGCUACAUCUCCAUGUCUGCACCCUCAUCAUAUCAGAGACGCCCUACAGAUGAUCACGGGACAGGGGUAUGACUAUGUGUUUUCAGUGGUGCGCAGACACCAGUUUCGGUGGGAGGAGGUGGACAAGAAAGUGGGUAAGAAUCCGACUUCGCCGAACAUCGAUGUGGCGCACAGACCUCGACGCCAAGACUGGCCUGGGGAACUCUAUGAAAAUGGCUCUUUCUACUUUUAUAAGAGAAAGGACCUGGAAAACGGCCUUACACAGCUGGGCAAGAUCGCUUACUAUGAAAUGCUGCCAGAGCACAGCGUUGACAUCGACGUGGACAUCGACUGGCCUGUCGCUGAGCAGAGAGUUCUGAGGUUUGGCUACUUCGGCCGAGAGGAGAAAGCGGCGGUCAGGCUGUUUCUGUGUAAAGUGUCUGGCUGUCUGACGAGCAGUCAGAUAUACACGUCGGUUUCUGGAGAGGAUCUUGUGGCCAUCAAUGCUCGAGACGUGGCAGGCGUACAGAUGCUAAAGAGAGAAGAUAUAGAGGUGAUCCUCAUAUCCAGCGUGAACGAGCUGCUGUCCAGGGCUCUCCUGGAGAAAGUGUCCCAGCAGGCCGGAUGUGGCCUCAGGAUUGGAGACCAGCAGAAAGGGCUUGAUGUGAAGCGGCUGAUGGAAAAGAGGAAACUGCGCUGGGAUGAAGUGGCCUUCAUGGGUUCAGAAGCUGAAGACGUAGAGAUCCUGUCUAAGGUGGGGCUGAAUGGCGUCCCGUGUGACGCACCUGUGGCAGAUCUCAUCGCAGCGAAAUACACCUGUCAGAGACCCGCCGGCCACGGAGCCGUUCGAGAGUUUGCCGAGUACAUUCUGAUGCUGAAGAAAAAGAGCUCGUCACACGUGAACCAGGAUCACAUUGACAGGGCCAAUUUUUAAAGCCUAUUCCAGUUUCUAUAAACAAUCAG